AUGAGAGAAGCAGUUGCUAGUGGUAUAACGCCAUGUACCGGUAAUAAUAUGGUUGGGGAACAUGAUCCUCAAAAGAAAAAAGAUCAUACUGAUGGCGAAACAGGCACUGUAGUAUUGUUGAAUCAAGACAAGUACAUAUAUUCCUGCUGUGGGUUUAUAUACCAGUGGGAAUUCUAUGCGAGUAGCACUGGAACAAUUGAGGCCCAAGUUUGGAGACAUGUAUCUGGAAAUACUUAUACAAUGGUAGGAUCAAAUACAUUAACAGCGACAAGUGCUAAUAGCGAGAAAGUUCAAGCUAUAUCUGAUGGACAGAGAAUUCGCACGAAUAAGGACGACUAUGUGGGAUUACAUUCCACAGGCAAUUUCAUCAUCACUCAUAAAGACGAAGGAAAGGAUAAAAAUAGGAAGAAACUAAUAGGACAAACAUCAACUAUAACAGAAUCUCAAGACGUAGACUGGACAGGUGCUGAAGACAAAAAUGAAAAAUAUGCUAUAUACUCAUACGUUAAAAAUAGUGAAACUCCUUCAUUGUCCGGCUUAGGUACAUCAACAUUUUUUAACGAUGAACUUUCGAUAGGAGACUCCGCAGGUACAAUUUCGACCAUUGACAACGACCCAGAGGACGUUGGAAGCUUAACACUGACAAUAACAUCAAUUUCGAAUGGUGGAACCACUUAUUUUGAAAUUGUGGCUGGUUCAAACGAUAUAACAGUUAAAGCUGUACCGCCUGUUGGAACUUAUCUUGUAAUGAUGGAAGUCGAAGAUCCAUGCACUUUAUCAUCAACUGGAGGAAAAGCUAUAACAGUCAACAACAGACCUCCUGUAAUGAACAACCUUCCAGGGUCUGUAUCAAUAUCAGAAGAUACAGCGGGUAGUACGUUAGUUUUUACAAUCAAUGCCACAGACACAGUUACAGAUCCAUUAACGUGUACAGAUCAUGGAGGUUCAACAACUUUCUCUGUUACAGCCAUACCAUCAACCUCAGACUUUGGAGUUUAUUUAAACGCUGGAAUAACCCUUGAUUACGACACGACAUCAACCCAUACAGUAACUGUGAGAUGUAGCGAUGGAGAUGACACAGUGGAUGGGGCAUUGACCAUUAAUUUAAUAAGAAAUCAGCCACCAGUAAUUCAAAGUUUACCUGAUACUACAAGCUUUUCAGAGGAUGCCAACACAAACACCUUGCUACACACACUAACUGUAACAGAUGCAGAGAGUGACACGAUAACGUGUACUCUGAAUCCCACUAGUGCUAUAUUUGAUGUUUCACUUAUUGCUCCUGCUAACACUGCAUAUGGAAUCUACCUGAUAGGAGGAACAACAUUGGAUUACGACACCACGUCUUCUUACUCGCUGACGGUUGAAUGUAGUGACAACAGACGAAGUGAUACUGGUACCUACGCGGUCAAUUUGAUACGAAAUAUUCCACCAGUUAUACAAAACUUACCCGAUUCAACAAGCAUUAUUGAGGAUGCCAACACAAACACCUUGCUACACACACUAACUGUAACAGAUACAGAGAGUGACACAAUAACGUGUACUCUGAAUCCCACUAGUGCUAUAUUUGAUGUUUCUCUUAUUGCUCCUGCUAACACGGCAUAUGGAAUCUACCUGACAGGAGGAACAACAAUGGAUUAUGACACCACAUCUUCUUACUCGCUGACGAUAGAAUGUAGCGACAACAGACGAAGUGAUACUGGUACAUUUACUGUUAAUUUGAUACGAAACACUCCACCAAUAAUAAACAGUUUACCAAAUACAGAAAGCAUAUCGGAGGAUCUCAGUACCAGGACUUUGAUACAUAACCUGAAUGUAACGGACGUUAACGCUGCCGAUAUCAUCACUUGUACAUUAAACUCAAACAAUGCUUUAUUUGAAUUAAGUAAAUUACCACCUGCCUUAGAUGAAUACGGAGUAUUUCUAAAGGGAGGAACGGCUCUAAACUAUGACACAACACCGUCUUAUACACUUGAUAUAGAAUGUGCUGAUCACCGUAGAAAUGUCGCUGACGUCCUGACAGUCAAUAUCAUUCAAAAUGAGCCGCCAACAAUUGUAAACCUACCAAUGAGCUGUGAGAUUCUAGAGAGCAUAACUGCAGAAAGUCUAUUGUAUACCGUAUCUGUUACAGACCCGACCAAUGACACAGUAACAUGCACUUUGACAACAGCCACUACAAUGUUUUAUUUGCAAAUUGGAUCGAAUCAGUAUGAAACUGAGAUAUAUGUUCGAGGGAAUCAAGGUUUUGUAUUUGACACCCAAAGGCAGUAUACAUUGGAAAUCGUGUGUGCUGAUCAGCAAAGAAAUGAUUCAUCUGAGUUUUACAUAUACAUUCUGCGUGACAUGCCACCAUAUUUUACUAAUAUCCAAGAUAAAACUACCGUAUCGGCAAAAACUACGACAAUUGGUCAGGUUAUAUUUACUGUACAAAGUACAGAUCCAGAAAAUGACAACUUACAAUAUACCAUGACUAGUAGUAGUUUGACAGCACCCUUUCUGAUAAACCAAAAUACUGGUGAAAUAUCACUUAGUCGUUCAAUAGCAGCUGAGUUAGUAUCUGGAUAUGAGCUUUACAUCAGUGUGUCAGAUGGGAGGAAUGAGAUUGAUAGUAAAACGCUAUCAGUACGGAUCACAGAAAUCAACAGUCCUCCAGAAUUUCUAACUCCUUCGCACACUGUAACUAUAUUGGAAGGAAUAAGUAUUGGUUCAACAAUAUUUCAACCAGUACUAACAGAUGCUGAUGUGUCAGAUGUUCAUACAUUUUCUGUGUCAUACUCGCCACCAGAGGGUGCUGUUUAUUUCCAAGUUGACUCGUCAUCUGGUUUAAUUACAUCGCUGGCUAAUAUUGAUUAUGAGAUUAUUCCGUACAAAACAUUCCUGUUGAUGAUUUCUGGUUCAGAUUCUCUGUUGGAAGAUUCUACAAAUAUAACUUUGAACAUACAGAAUGUGAAUGAACCUCCAACAUUUACAAAGAAAAAUUAUCAAUUCACAGACAUAGAGAAUAUUGCAGGAACUGUUUUACAAAAUCCAUAUUACCAGUACACAGAUGAAGAUGGCGAUACACUAACAUUUUCUUUUAACUGUGGCGUCGACACAGGAAGAUUGGACAUUGAUUCAACCACAGGACUCUUAUCUUAUGCAAUUAAUUAUGAUUUAGAUGAAAUUGGCACUGCAUCCAAAAUUAACUGUGAUGUUUACAUUAGUGAUACCGAGUACACAGAUACUGCCUACGUGAAUAUUACUGUGCUUAAUGACAAUGAUAACUCACCAAAAUUUGAACACCUUGAAUACACGUUUUUUGUACCAAUUACCACAGGAGUUGGAUCUUUUGUUGGUAAGACAGAAGCAACAGACAUUGACAUUGGAAGUAAUGGCGAUGUCCAUUAUCACCUUACACAGGAAGGCGUAAGCAAUGCUUUGUUUGAAAUUGACGAUAACGGUUCAAUAAAACUUAGCCAAAGUCUAACUAGUUAUGCUGAAGGUUCAGUCUUAAAUUUCACAGUUCAUGCUGUGGAUUCUGGUGGAAACCAAGAUACAGCUGCAGUUUAUAUUAUGCUUCCUGUUCCAUAUGAACCUACAACUUCAACACAAAAUGAAAUACAGUACAUGACGUUCUUUUCGUAUGCUCCAAAUAUGGCCUGGUUUGUUCCAUUGAUGUUCGUCGUGUCAAUUACAUUGUUUGUUGUUAUUCACACACUAUACACUUCGAAGUGUUCUUGCAAAUCAUCCAAACAGAAUAAAAAUAAAAGAAAAAGAAGACCCCGAAGACGACUUGAAAGAUAUUAGUUUAGUCGGAGCACGUACUUUAAAAAGACUUUUUUAAAACGCUCCCAUAAAUGAAAUAUAAAACUGUUCACGAUCUCAUAUAAUUACAAUCCUAGAUAUUAAUAGCUCUGUAAGACAUCUUUCGAGUUUGAUGCAUUUCCGUCAAAAACUCUGGUUUUAGUGAACAUCAAUCGUGCGUUUAGGGGCAUCUUCAUUUCUAUUUCAAUGUUGAGCGCGUGGUUUGAAAAUUAUAAUACGAUAUUGCACGAUUUAUUCGGCAAACAAAAUUUUCAUAAUCGAUAAUCAGCACUGCUGUCAUUAGGGAAUUGUGAUGAAGUACUUUCAAAACAAAAAUUAUUUGUAAUUUAUCCUGCACAAUGAUGAUCACUAAGACGUUUGAUUAACGUUGAUAGUGCAGGGAUACAGGCUACCACUUCUAUCUGGUAAAUGACGUCACACAGGCGAGUCCUAAUUGAGUUUUUUUCUGGUGACGGAUGAACUCAAAAGUGGUCUAUUCUUUUGGUUUAUGUGUUUAAUACAAUAACCACAACCUUAAAAACAAAUAAUUUUCUUAAACAUAACGCUGAAUGUACCAUCAUGAUAUUCAAAACCAAUGCAUUGGAUAUAAACUGACAACGCCAUGGUAAUUACUAUAGAGGAUUGCAGGUCCCCAGAAAGGGUGUGCAGGUCCUCCUACAGUAGUAGCACUCGUCUUAUUGCUCAUGAUAUGUGAUAAGGCUGACAGUAUCAAAGUGAUGUCACAUACGAGGAAAAAGGCAAGAUUGUAGUUAAGACCUUUGAAAUAUAUCAAUGGACACAAGUGUUAAAGAUAUGCAAUAACGGUCACCCAAAUAGUGAUGGUGUAAACGGAAAAUUCAUAUGCCGAAGGGCACAUUUUGCCGAUUGUUUGUUGAAAAAUAUGUCUUCCGAAAAAUAAAAAAAAAUCAGGGAUUUUUAAGAUAUCUGUUUAAGAAAAUCUGUUGUUAGAAGUAAAAUUAGUUAGUUAGGUGAACUUUAAAAACGCAGCUUUUGCUAUCGAAAAUGAAAUUAAACAUCCCAUUAAUACAGUUUUAAUCUGUUCAAUCUCUUUAAAGAGAAAAUAAAUGAUUUCAGCUUCCUUAUUAUGAACUGUCCAUUUGUCUGUAGUAAUAUUUCGGCAGCACCUGUGUAAGGAAUAUAUAUCUCUAAGUAUUACUGUAGAUAUUCAUGUGUUAAGCAAAUGAAAGGACGUCUUACAUCUUGUUAUAUUUAAAACAAUUUAGAAUAUUGCAAUUAUACUUUCAUAUAUAUAAUUAUGUAAAUAAUGUUCUGUAGAGUUGCAUAGCGAUAUCUUGUGUCGAAUAUGUUUAUUAUCUCAUGUUAUACAUGUAUAUGUGU